AUGUCAUAUUCUCAAAAUAUGUCUCUGGAGCAACACUUAAAGGAUGAACGUACAGCAUAUACCACACUUACACUCCUAAAUAUUCAAAUAAGUGCCCUCCUUGAACGUUUUUAUCGUGAAUGGCUUGCGCUAGAUUAUAAACGGCGACAAAUUGUUGAAGAACUAGAAUAUCAUAGUCUUGCUAUUCGUGAACAUCGACGUAGACUGGAGCUUGCAUUAUUUCCUCCUGAAUUUAAGGCCUGGAUAUCGGCUGCAAUACCUGAAAUAGAAACCACUCCAAUAGAGUAUGAAACAGAGAAUAAGUAUAUUUAUGAACCCUUCUCUGAUAUUUCAUGUUCAAACCCUCCAGCGGUGGGAAAAGAUCGUGUGGUGUUUGAGGAUGUUAUCUCAAGACAAGUUGUGCGUUGGUGUGAUGAAAACUCAUCAACAUACAAAGAGCGGCCAGCACCGUCGCGGUUAUCACGAGUAGCACCACAACCGGAAUUACUCCUUCGUCACUGUUUCCUUCCAUAUAGAGAGACUGAAACGAACGCACCACGUCGUCGGGCAGUGGGAAACGAUGUUCUUAUCAUGCAAAGUCCAGAACCAAGUGUGGGUCGCGUACUUGUGUCAAUGCAUAUGGUGCGUCGUGGUGAGACUAUAAUGGUAGAAACACCUUUUUUUACUUCACCCAUUACGAAGAGUGAGGCAGAUGAUGAAACACUUCUUCCUCCUGUAAUCCGUGAAACGAUGACUGUAGUAGAGAAGCAGUCUGCUGUCUUUGCAACUCAGGGAUGGGACACUCGUCUCUUACGUCCAUUCUAUCACUGGUUAACGGAAAUAGUAUUUGGUGAGAAGAGUGAUGAUUUUAUAGGAAGGUGGGAUGAACUUGGUUGUCCUGUAGAGGAUGUGGACCCAGUAGUGUUAUCAAAACUUGCUGAGUUGGCACAUUUUUUUUGGCUAAGCCUUCCAUCCUCAAUCUCAUCAUCUCUUGGAAAUGAAGAGAGAUUACUAAACUUUUUUGUGACAUUAUUGACAAAUGGCAUGAGCUACGGGGGUCUCAUUACGAACGAUAAUAAUAAUAAUAAUAAUAAUAAUGAUAAUGGUAGUGUACACCUUGGUGGUCUUGAACAAGGAAUAGCUGUGUUUGGUGGACUUUCAAUGAUUGAGCAUAGUUGUAACCCUAAUGCUGUUGUGGUAUUCCGUCAAGGGUGUACUCCAGAGAGUGUUCUUUUUGCAGAGUUGCGGGCUACUCGUACGAUUGCCAUUGGGGAGCGUAUUACUAUUGCAUAUUUGCCAACUUUUCUUUCAAGAGAUGAGAGGCAAAAACGAUUACAACGAAAGUUUUUCUUUUUCUGCGCCUGUGAGCACUGUACAAAUGGACUUGAUACGACACGAUUAAUGUUUAUUUUAGGUGAGAAGUAUGAAUCAGGAAGAAGAAGAGUAGUGAAGAAAAUGUUUUGCCCAAGAGGGAAAGGAUCAUCAUGGUGUUUACUUUUACUACAUCCACAGAGUUCACAGAGUUUGGAAAAGGUAGAAAAAUCCUACCGUUUUGAUGACAAUUGUGUACUAGAUGCUAUUCAUGAUGAGGAGGGAUUUCGAAAAGAAGUGGAUGCUGUUGAUUUAACUGGGAAUGGUGCUAUAGAAGGAGAAACCUUAACUGUAGCAAAGGUAGUAAUGAAAGAAGUAAAACGACUGAAAGAUAUCUUAUUAGGUGAAGCAGACACUCUUAUUAGUCCUUUCCAUUACCUUUACUUACUUCGGUCGAUUCAACUAGCCGUUUUUUCAAGGUCUAGGAUUUCUGAAUUGGAUAUCGUCACAAGGGAGUUACUUUCUUCAUUUUUGUGUGAAUUGCUUAUUGAACUGAUAGAAGUCACCUUUUCCAUCCCGGAAUGGUUUAUAACGGAACUUCUCCUUUGUGAGAUUCGCGAAGGUGUGUUGACUGUUGAUCUUCGAGAAAGACUCUUGGAUAACCAGAGCAAUAAUAAUAACAAUAACAACAAUCACAAGAGUGCAAAUACACUCCUUUGGCAGGAGAAAAUCGUUGUGGAGCCAUUAUUUGAACAGCACGCUACUCUGGUGAUAUCACUUUUGGAACAUUACGCUAUAUUGUGUGGGGAAUUUGCGAAGGAAACGAAAGCGAUGAAUGCAUGGACAGCAUGUGUUCUGCUUUUACGCUAUGGACUCUGUCAGCAUGGAUCUGAACGUUGUCUUCGCGCUCAACUUAAAGCCCUGCAAUUGUGUAAAGAGAAGGAUUAA